AUGUCUCACCCGCCUAAAAACUCGUCUUUGUUACAAGAAGAAAAAACAGAGAGAUUGAAAAACAGAGAACCUCUCCUUAGAUUUAAGAAAAUCGUGGAAAGGGUGAGAGCUGGUGAGGAAGAAGAAGAAGAAAGCAAUAAGUUCAGGAUGUUCGAUAUCGAGAGCAUGAAGGAUCAAAACUCAUCUUCACGGCAAAUCAAGAAAUGGAACUCUGAUUAUGCCUUGAGACUUGAAGAUCCAGACAUUGAUGAUGAAACUGUUUUCAAGAAAACUGCAGCCUUGAGCGUCCUGCCACUGUUACAGCCUCUGGUUAAGGAAAAGACCACUCAGAUGUCUGAAGCAACUGAUGAAGAAUUACAAGAAGAAGCAGGCAAGGAAGAUAAUAUUUGUAUUCAUGUUUAUAACCAUUAUGAUAGCGUUAUCUUUGAGGUUUCUUGUGUAGUACGUUAG